UUUAGCUUCUCAUCGAGAAUAUAAAUAUUCCUUGUUAUUUUGUUUUGAUGCACAACUUAACAUUAUCGUCGUGGACGUCAUUUUGAUUACAAAUUGUAGAUAAAUUUCAAGUUUGUUUUUUCCUUCUUUUUUUGGUUGAUAAACCAAAUUGUUUUUAAGGUCUUUACAACUCUAAUCUUAUACUUGUUCCUGUUUUCUUUUAUUUCUUUUUUAUUUUUUAAAUUCUCAUUUAAAAACGAACAUUAAUAUUAAUAACAUACUCUAUUUUAUAGAGAAUGCAUAAAUUGUGGUUAAUACGCGAGACAAUUUGCUUAUUUAUUGUAAUUGUAAAUUAUAUUUUUAAAAAUUACUAUUCUUCCGCCCUUAUCAAAGUAUCUAUCUUAUCACUUUGUAAAGAUAUUAAGUUUUUGAGUUUCACGCAUGUGUUCGUGGUUAACUUGUGGUUUUUUUGACAAAACGUUAGUAUUACUUUUCCUGUUAUGAAUAAAUCUCAGAGCAUAUAAAAGAGAAUAGUCCUCACGAAUAGGUUAAUAUGUAUAAAAAAGUAGUUGUCAUCAUUAUCUGGUAUAUAUAUUCAAGACCGAAGUAAAAAUUAAUAAUUAUUAAAAAGUUCAGAAAAUUCGAUUAAUCGUAAAACAAGUUUCUUAUCUUGCUUCUUAAAUAACAAAUUAAACAUAUAUAUCUUAUAUCUUUAUCAUACAAAAUAUUGAAAUUUUAUAUUUCAUUUUUACAUAAUUUGAUUAAAAAAAAAAAAAAAAUACUUGUAAUCAUCUUCAAGUUCUUAUCUAAUAGCCCAGUAAAAAAACAGCAGAUGGCGAAAAAUGUCAAUAAAAAAGUAUGCGUUAUCGGCGCAGGCGCAGCUGGUUUAUGCGCAGCCAAACAUUUGGCGGAAGAAACGAAUUUUGAAAUAAUAGUAUAUGAACAAACCGGUGAUGUUGGUGGUACUUGGGUAUAUAAUCAUAGAAUCGGUUUAAACGAAAAUGGUUUACCAAUUCAUUCAAGCAUGUAUCAAAAUUUAAGAACGAAUUUACCUGCAAAAAUCAUGAAUUUUCCUGAUUACAUGAGAAUGGAAGCACAGGAACCAUGCUGUGUAUCUCAUAACGAAGUUUUAUCUUAUUUGCGUAAUUACGUGGAACACUUUAAAUUACUUAAGUACAUACAGUUUUAUGUAAAAGUUGAGAAUAUACGUCCAAUUAAGUUGGAUGAUAGCAAUGAAGAGAAAUGGUUGGUACGUGUUAAACAUUUAAAAACUCAACAUACGGAGGAACAUCGAUACGAUGCAGUUAUGAUUUGUAACGGACAUUAUUUCGAACCAUAUAUGCCUGUAAUAAAAGGUAUGGACACUUUUCCAGGUAUAGUGACGCAUAGUCAUUCAUACAGAAAACCGGAAGAAUUUAAAAAUAAAAUAGUAUUAAUUUUGGGUGCUGCUUCCUCUGGUAUCGAUAUUGGAAUCGAUUUAGUUCAACAUGCUUCUACCAUCUAUCUGAGUCAUAAUCAAGAAAGAUUCACGAGCGUAUUUCCGUCUAACAUGAUCCAAGUUGUUGGAGUUGACAGAUUGGAAGGAACGAAAUGUUUUCUGAAAGAUGGAACUUCCGUUACCAUCGACGUCUUUCUUUAUUGUACUGGAUACCAAUAUAGUUUUCCUUUCUUAGAUGAAAGUUGUGACGUCAGAGUCGAUGAUAAUUACGUAACCCCAUUAUAUAAGCAUCUUAUUAAUAUAGAACAUCAAACAAUGGCUAUCGUUGGUAUACCAUCACAAAUAGUACCAUUUCCUAUGUUUCAUAUGCAGAUACAAUAUUUCUUAAGUCUUUUAAAAAAUCGUUUUAUUUUACCUUCAAAAUCUCAAAUGCUCGAAGAUUCGAAAUUGAAAACCUUGAGAAAAAGACAUGCACAUAGAAUGAUGACCGAACAAUGGGAAUAUAACGAUUUUUUGGCAAAUGCAGGUAAAUUCAAUCGACUUCCUGCAUUUUAUAAAGCUGGUUAUAAUGCAUGGCAUUCGAGAAAAAAGAGUAAUCUUUUGCGUUACAAGGAUGCUAAAUUUGUUGUAUCCGAGAAUGGUCAAAAUGUCGAAGUUGUCUUACCUAAUUAAUAAUAUUAAACAAUCGUAAAAUGAUUAAACAUUAAACGACAUUAAUAAUUUUGAUAUAUAAGGAUGAGUCAGCUAAUGUUGGUACCUUAAAUAUUUUUGUUGUUUUUAAAGAUAUAUUAAAUGUCUUAAGAAAAAAGUUAGAAAAA